GCGCAGUGUCAGGUUUAAUACAUCAUCUGUCAAUCGCUGUAAAUAUUCCCUUCUCCUGAAGCCACAUUUUCAGAGACGGUGAAACUAUUCGUGUGCUUACACUUUCUAUUUACAUUUUCUGACGAAAAAUGGAGCUGGCCGGCGCAACAGCGAUAUUUUGUAAGCAAAACUAAGAAGGGGAAAACUGCAGCGCCAAACAAACGUCGCUAUGAGGCUGUGAGCUGAGAUUCAGAAAGGCAACGUAUUAAGUUAAUACGCUGACAUUAAACGACAUACUUAGCCAGAUCCCUUAUCAACACGAAUUAAAACCUUUUGGAUGUUGAGUAAAGUGUAAGUUUGAGGAGGCUCUGCAGUGGACAUCGCUCACCAGAAAUGAAGGCGUGCAGACUCAAGGAAGGAAGCUGAGAGGUGGUGCUGUCACACAUUCAACAGCAUUCAGCGGAGUCAGCACGUUAUGUUCCAUCUAUGGACUGCGGUGUUGGAUGUGGGCAAGAUCUGAACGAGGGGCCGGAAUGCGUUGAAGAACGGAGGUAUAUGGCAGUGGUUUUAAAGGGCACACCUCGAUCAGAGAAACCUACCAAGUACUAACUCUACUGGAUUUUUACCCAAAGGGGUGCCCAUUUGGUUUAGACAUUUCCUUCCCGGAUGUGGAUACUAAGCUUAUUUUAUGUGUCCAGCAAAACAUGCCAACGGUGGUAGAUUUAUCCUCGUUUUCUUUACAGAUUUUGUAGAAGAUUUGUUCUCUUCCAGCCACCCUCCCCCUCCUCCCCCUUUUUUUGCACCUGCUUUGCUUUGUCAAAGCUCACCGAGCGCUUUAGAGCGCACUGCUCUUACUUGCAUCUCCGUACAUCGUGCAUGGAUUCUACAUGAACUGGGGUUUUGUGAGGGCUGCAGUAAUGCUCCCAUUUACCGAUAUCGCUUCACAGCUCGCAUUUCCUGACAAAAAUGGACUGCCUAUAAAUGUUUGGGGAGAGAAAAUCAGCUGGCAUUAAAUUAUGAAUGUUGUACAAGAUGACCUCUUACCAUCAGCGCCAGAUGUUGAGAGGUCCUAGAUGGAAAGGGGCUUGGUUUGACCCCUUGUUUCUCCUGCUUUUAGCCCUACAGUUGCUUGUUGUCGCCGGAUUGGUGCGAGCCCAGACCUGUCCAUCUGUAUGUUCCUGCAGUAAUCAAUUUAGUAAGGUCAUCUGCACACGCAGAGGGCUAAAGGAUGUCCCUGAUGGCAUCUCCACAAAUACACGGUAUCUAAACCUUCAGGACAAUCAAAUCCAAGUCAUCAAAGUGGACAGUUUCAAGCAUCUACGACACCUUGAGAUUCUUCAGCUUAGCAGAAACCACAUCCGCAACAUCGAGAUUGGCGCCUUCAAUGGCCUAACCAGCCUUAACACUCUGGAGCUUUUUGACAAUCGCCUCACGACCAUCCCAAAUGGCGCCUUUGAGUAUCUAUCAAAACUGAAAGAGCUGUGGCUUAGGAAUAACCCUAUUGAGAGCAUACCGUCUGAUGCCUUCAGUCGCCUGCCCUCCCUGCGGCGGUUGGACUUGGGAGAGCUGAAGCGUCUCUCCUACAUCUCGAGUGGAGCAUUUCAGGGCUUGAGCAACCUUCGCUACCUGAAUCUGGGCAUGUGUAACCUCAAAGAGGUCCCCAACAUUCAGCCCUUGAUUCGCCUGGAUGAGCUGGAGAUGUCCGGGAACCAGCUCACCGUCAUCCAACCCAGUUCUUUUAAGGGUCUUGUCCAUCUUCAAAAGCUGUGGAUGAUGCACGCCCAAGUCCAGUUUAUAGAGCGGAACUCCUUGGAUGACCUGCACUCUUUGCGAGAGCUCAACCUGGCUCACAACAACCUUUCUUUUUUGCCCCAUGAUCUCUUCACGCCUUUGCACCACUUGCAACGAGUGCAUUUGCAUCAUAAUCCCUGGAACUGUAACUGUGAUAUUCUUUGGCUGAGCUGGUGGCUAAGAGAGACCGUACCAACGAACACCAGCUGCUGCGCACGCUGCAAUUCCCCUCCCAGCCUCAAAGGACGCUACAUCGGUGAGCUGGACCAGAGCUACUUUCAGUGCUACGCCCCCGUUAUCGUCGAACCACCUGCUGACCUCAAUUUGACUGAGGGAAUGGCGGCAGAGCUCAAAUGUCGGACAAAUUCAGUGACCUCGGUCAGCUGGCUAACGCCAGAUGGCUCCGUCAUAACACAUGGGGUGCUCAAAAUGCGCAUUUCUGUCCAAAACGACGGAACGCUAAACUUCACCAACGUCACCGUCCAGGACACAGGAACAUACACUUGCAUCGUAAGCAACAUGCAAGGCAACAUUUCAGCCUCUGCUGUCCUCAACGUGACAUCCGUUGACAACAGUGGCUUUAGUUACUUCACUACAGUCACCGUAGAGACAAUCGAAACCCCUAUCGAUGGGGAGAGUAGGACGCCGGUUCAGCCUUCAUUUGGCUGGGCAUCCUCCUCGACCACAAGGGGAACACCCAUUGCCACCGAGAGAGCGUAUACUAUUCCUGUGACUGACAUAGACAUUGAUGGCGCUCUCAAUGGUUUGGAGGAGGUAAUGAAAACCACCAAGAUUAUUAUUGGCUGCUUUGUGGCCAUCACGCUCAUGGCUGCCGUCAUGCUUAUAAUAUUCUACAAGAUGCGCAAGCAGCACCACCAGCAGGAUCAUGAUGGGCCGACCCGCACCAUUGAGAUCAUCAACGUCCACGAGGAGCUGACGAGGGUUCCGGGCAUGGAGAGUCACCUGACUCUUCCGCCCUUAGAGCAUGAGCAUUACAACCACUAUAACUCCUACAAAACUGCUUAUAACCAUGUGUCUGCUCUUAGCUCGCUGCAUAGUUCAGUGCAUGAACCUUUACUGAUCCAAGCCAGCUCAAAGGAUAAUGUACAGGAGACACAAAUUUGACCAUCUUGGAUGAAAUUAAUUCUACCAGUGCUGUUUAAAUUUUGGUUGUGGACAUGCUGUCGUUAAGACGUUCAGCAAUGUCAAUGAGAGCCGGGGUGUAUGUAUCAUUAUUUUAACAAGUGUCUUUACAAAUCUUAUUUAUUUAAAGAUAUGUGAAGUGACUGAAUCAUGAAAUCAUAAGACAAAAAAUGUUAAUAUUUUUUUUUUCUUUUUCAGUUCUAUAUUUUGUAAACUGGGGUAAUCAAUGGUUUACUUUAAUGUGCUAGUAGAAUUAAGGUCAACUGCCAUGCUUUUGAGAGCAAUGAGACAACAGUUGUUGCUUUUUUUUGUUUUUUUGUUUUGUUCUUUUUUGUUGUGGCAUAUUACAUCCCUUUGCUCCAGUGUGUUUUCAUUUUUUGAGACAGUGGAAACAAAAACUGGCCACUGAAAACUGCAGACUUUAAAUCGCAUAGAGCACUUAGCACUUGAAUGGUGGGCCUGAUGGAUGCAGCGACUCUAGAGAGGUGUAUAAAUGGUUACAUUUCCCCAUGAAAAAUCCUAUUACUGAACAAAAAAAGGGAAAGCUUUCAUUAUCAGGCCCUGGAUUAUGCUGAAAAUGCAGCUAGUGUGAAAGGAAACAUUUCUAGAAUUUAUAGAAGCUACAGUACUGUUCUGAACACACAUCAAUUGACUUCAAUUUAGAAAAUAGGUUUGUAUAAUUGCUUUGAAUUACAGUUCUUAAGUCAAGUUAUUAUCUAAAGUGUGGCAUUUGAAAUUUAGCACAAACCCCCCCCC